AUGACCAUGGCGACAUCAGGCGUCCAUGUUAAACGACCAUUCUCAUCUACCGACAAGAACAAUCCCAAGCGGAUAAAGCGACAUUAUCAUCAUCACCAUCGUUUACAUGAGCCUGUAGUUCUCCCAUCCACGUCUGAGCCAGCCGUGCAAGAUGACACUCACCUCGACCAAUUGAUGAAUCGUGCAGUCGGCCAAACUUUGAAAGACUCGGGGUUUGAAUUGGCUGAUCCUGCUGCAUUAUCCAGUUUGUGCAGUGCUACAGAGGAGUACAUGCUACGGCUCUCCACAUUCAUCCGUCAAUCCAUGCUAUCUGCGCGACGCGUCCAACCGAUUCCGCAAGAUUUUGACCACGCUCUGAAGCGUCUCCACCUCAGUCCCGAUGAUCUUCUCCCUCAUCUCAAACCAGCGCCCUCAGACAAACACACACCGACAUUAUUACCAUCCCCCCCACCAGAGAAUGAAAUAUCUAAAUCUCUUCCAUUUCUCACGGCGUUGAGUAGUGAAGAUGAUCGCGCAAAUCGUUCCUACAUCCCAAAGCAUUUCCCGAGUUUUCCUAGCAAACACACCUAUUCUGCCACUGCAGUCUUCAUUGGACGAGACAACGACCCACGCAAGAUUAGAGAACGCGCUGCAGAGGAUGGACGACAUGGCGAGGAAGCUUUGCGAAAAUUAGCGAGCGCCGCAUUCCGCGACAAUCAGACGGGCUCGACUGGCCGCGAUAAAAAGCUCUGGGGCCGGAGAAUGGACAGCAUGGAAAGCAUGUUCGAAAAGACGAUCAAGGGCCUAUCCAAAAAGAACAGCAAGGACUCUCAUGGCACAUUUAUCAGCUCAGCCAUGGAUAUUGAUUCAGGACACCCGGCGGAUGCCGACACAAAAUCCCGGCUCAAGCUCUCGUGGAAUAUGGAGUUGGGUCCCAUUGUCAACUGUGAGCGAGACCUCUGGCGUCGGACAAGCUCGAAUUCACGGCGAGGAGAAGAGAAGACUUCAAAGCCUCUAGCAAAUGUCGAGCCAGCGGAUGUCAUGACGGACGUGUAA